GAUAAUUUAUGAAACAAUAUGCAAAUUUCAGAAUGAAAAAUAAUUAGGUUGGCAAUGGAAAACAUCAGUUUAGAAGCAUGUAUUGCUGACAUGUAAGAACAAGGGAAAAUAAUGGAAACGACAGUUGUAAAGAUUCGUCCGAUCAAGUUGAUAGCAGUAAUUUUCAGUUGUAUAACACUUCUGUUGUUGAUAGUAGCUGUAGCAGAGCAGGAAUGGGUAGAGGUUAAGUUUCAUGACGAGGACCAAAAGUCCAGAUGGGGCCUGUGGACUCUUUGUACCAAAGGAGAAUGUAACUCCCUGGAAUAUGAAUGGAUAAAAGUGUCUGCAGCAUUUGUCCUCAUAUCAGUUAUUCUGACAUUCGCUGGAACUAUGUGUGGAAUUCUGGGAUUGAAAGUUGUUAUUCCUUACAAUAAUCGUCUCUGGUAUUUGUCUGCAGGAGUGAUCAUGGGCUGUGGAUUGAAAGUUGUUAUUCCUUACAAUAAUCGUCUCUGGUAUUUGUCUGCAGGAGUGAUCAUGGGCUGUGUAGCUCUGUCAGACAUAUUAGCCCUGAUUAUCUACCCUGUGAAGUUUAAGGAAGAGAUUAUGGUACACGAGGAUGUGAGACGCUGGGACUUUGACUGGACCUAUGGCUUUGGCUGGGGAGCUUUCAUCUUCUCAGCAGCAGCAUCAGUGUUUUUCUUUAUUCCAUCAGGAACAAAAGAAAUUUCCAGAAAGUCGUUUUCAUCUGAUAUUUGACACUGUCUAUUAACAGCUACUGCAAUGCAUAAUUUCUGUGUAUAAAUGAUCUCAUGUUUUUAAGUAUUAGACUUCAUAUGAAGAAAAUGUUUUGACCAUGUUGACAUUUGUCUCUAAUUUUUCUAUAGGCUUUAAUGCAAUUAUUAUAAAAAAAAUUGGGAAGCUAAUAAUUAAAAAAAGGAAUGGUAGACAGAACUAAAAUACAAGUAUUUUUACAAUUAACCAUUUCCAAUCAGAAAAGAUGAGUGUUUUUUAUUAUGUCAGUACUCAUUGUGAACUACACUUUUUAAGAUGUCAAUUAAUGAUUUUCUAUUUUCAAAAAAUAUUUAAUGAAAAACCCUUGUUUAAAGUUUUCACAAUGGUGUUAUUACAUUAACAUUACCAUGUACAAGUGCAAUAUGAAAAUGUAUAUUAUACAUGUAUGCUGUAAAUUGUCUGUUAUAGUAUAUUUCUUGCCAUUGUUAUACCUGUUAACUUGUUGACUGCAUUAUCAAAUCAAAUGGUUUGUUUUUAACUUAACUUUAAGUGUAUGUGUUAUCUAUUACCAGUGUAAGAUUAAGCACAGGACAUAAGGACACACGAUGUGUUACUCCUUAUCAACCUGGAGUUAUCUUUCCCUAUAGAGGUCAUCCAUACAUGGUUACAUUUUUACACAUUUGUUUUGAUACCUAGAGAUUAUUAUAUAUAUAUCUGAUGUAAAUACUCCUACAUGUUGAGUUCUGAACAUAUAUGAUUAUUUGGACUGUACAUGUAUGGGGGCAGCAUAUGAGUUUUUACUCAUUUGGUUAUAAAACAGGCCAGACCAUAUGAGUAUUUGGACCAUGUAGAUAUCGGUUGGAUUAAUUCAAACUUCCUUAACAGACACAGCUUAUGGUCACAAGAUAUUGAAUGAAAUAAUAUCAUUUAUUUGUUACAUAUUGUCUGAAUCUUGGGGAAUGUUUUUUUUUCUUAUUAUAACUUUGCGUUAAGAUAAUGAAUUUACUUAUUUUAUGAGUGGUAUAUUGUGUUUCUUAAAGACAAAUUAACAAUGACCAUGCAAAAAUAUUUCAACAAUAAUUUUUUAAAACUUGUGACUGGGUUAAGUUUCAUAAUGUUACAAUGAGUACAAAGUUAUUACCCGAGUCUUAAUUGAAUUAAUUUCCAAAUAAGAAUUCUGAAUUUAUGAAACCUUAAGGGUUAUAAAUGCCUUAUGCAAUUACUGUUCAUUGUUCAUGAUAUUAAUAACCUGGACCAUAAACAUAUGGCUGGACAAUAUGAGUAUAUAUAGGGGUUACGUGUGUGGUCCAAAUACUCAAAUGGGCAAGAUUGUAUAUAUCUGUGUUUAUUGUUACAUUGUUUUUUAUGUACAUGGAUUAGUUUUGUUUUUUAAGGGGCUGGGUUAUUUUUGCAUGAACUUUUUACAUGGUCCCCUCCAGACAUUGUCUAGUCUUGGGAGACCAGGGCCCUUGUUUGUUGUUAUGUUUCAUUGUUGGUUGUUAUUUUACAUUAAUUGUUGUAAAGUUACAUUGUUUGUUGUAUAUUUGUUAGUAUACGAACAGAGGAAACAUGAGUUGUUUUGCAUUUGACUGGAAUGAAAACUUAAAAGAUGUUGUACUAUUUUAAACAAAUUCCAGGUUUAUUCUGUAUUUCAAUGUACUGUGUGGCGCACAACACUUUCUAUGACAAAGAAGAUAGCACAUUUUCUAUAGAAUGUAAUGUUCGGUGCACAACACUUUCUUUACAAAAUACAUUAUAUGGAAAGUGUUAUGCCUUGCAUCAAAACAUUAUGAUACAGAAUAAACAAGAAAUUCAUUUAAAAGUUUAAGCACAAGAAAUUAUGCAAAUUGCAUAAUGAAAAAGUUCCAAGUUGAAAUAACAGUCUGUUUUAUGUAAAUAGAGAGAUCAGUGUUGUGAUAAUGAUCUUCCAUGUUGUGAUAAGAUUUACUGUGAUGUAUUAGUAAGAUGUAGUUCAUGUUAACACAUUCCAUAACUGUUUAUAUCAUACACACAGUGAACAAUGGCAUGGUCAGAAAAUGUUAUAUUUAAUAUUGUUAACUGAAACCAGACUAAGAUUGAUUUAAUUUCUUUAUUGUUUAAUUUUGUAUAGAGGAUAUACUUCCUUAGUAUAUGGCUAACGAUAAACAAUGAUGCAAUAUUAAGAAGCUAAUAUAUUUUAAAGAAGUGGUCCCUUAAGUCAGUUCAGUCCCGGUUUAUUAGGUGCAUAAUGAAUUAUUAUUAAAUUUAAACCAUUCUAGGUAAUUUUCUACAUACUAAUUACUUGUAUGCCUCUAAAUCUUGGGAUUUUGUUCAAGUUUUUUAAAUCACAAUAAAUUUCUAAUACUCCUUAAACAUAAACUAAGAGAUUUUGAUAGUUAUGUGUUUUGAUAGUCCCUUUUACUUAAAACUUCUUUUUGAGACAACUUUUUUAAAUAUGUAUUAAGUUGAGAAUCAAUAAACUUAAUUUAUACAUGAACUUUUUAUCAAGGAAAACAUUAGAACUUUUACUCUAGUCACAGGCCAAAAAAAAAUUUCAUGAUAUUAACUAAGGAAGUUUGAUGUAUGUAUAACCAGCACAGAAGAAUUUUGAUAUCUUAAGACACGUCAGCCCACAUUCAACUUUCUAUUUAUUAAAUUUGAUUAUUCUUGAUUGUAUUGUAUUUAAAGAAAUAUAUAUUAUUCAUUGCUUACAAU